AUGGUGCGCGCAGGGCUGCAGUGCGCGCAGGGCGCGCAGGGCGCAGCAGGGCUGCAGGGCGCGCGGGGCGCACAGGGCUGCAGGGCGCGCAGGGCGCACAGGGCAGCAGGGCAGCAGGGCGCACGGGGCGCGCAGGGCUGCAGUGCGCGCAGGGCGCGCAGGGCAGCAGGACAGCAGGGCGCGCAGGGCGCGCAGGGCGCAGCAGGGCUGCAGGGCGCGCGGGGCGCACAGGGCUGCAGGGCGCGCGGGGCGCACAGGGCAGCAGGGCAGCAGGGCGCGCGGGGCGCGCAGGGCUGCAGUGCGCGCAGGGCGCGCAGGGCAGCAGGACAGCAGGGCGCGCAGGGCGCAGCAGGGCUGCAGGGCGCGCAGGGCAGCAGCAAGGGCUGUAGCGGCAGCAGCAGGGCAGCAGGGCGCACAGGGCUGCAGGGCAGCAGGGCGCGCGGGGCGCACAGGGCUGCAGGGCGCGCGGUGCGCGCAGGGCUGCAGUGCGGCAGGGCGCGCAGGGCGCAGCAGGGCUGCAGGGCACGCGGGGCGCACAGGGCUGCAGGGCGCGCGGGGCGCACAGGGCAGCAGGGCAGCAGGGCGCGCGGGGCGCGCAGGGCUGCAGUGCGCGCAGGGCGCGCAGGGCAGCAGGACAGCAGGGCGCGCAGGGCGCAGCAGGGCUGCAGGGCGCGCGGGGCACACAGGGCAGCAGGGCAGCAGGGCGCGCGGGGCGCGCAGGGCUGCAGUGCGCGCAGGGCGCGCAGGGCAGCAGGACAGCAGGGCGCGCAGGGCGCAGCAGGGCUGCAGGGCGCGCAGGGCAGCAGCAAGGGCUGUAGCGGCAGCAGCAGGGCAGCAGGGCGCACAGGGCUGCAGGGCAGCAGGGCGCGCGGGGCGCACAGGGCUGCAGGGCGCGCGGUGCGCGCAGGGCUGCAGUGCGGCAGGGCGCGCAGGGCGCAGCAGGGCUGCAGGGCACGCGGGGCGCACAGGGCUGCAGGGCGCGCGGGGCGCACAGGGCAGCAGGGCAGCAGGGCGCGCGGGGCGCGCAGGGCUGCAGUGCGCGCAGGGCGCGCAGGGCAGCAGGACAGCAGGGCGCGCAGGGCGCAGCAGGGCUGCAGGGCGCGCGGGGCACACAGGGCAGCAGGGCAGCAGGGCGCGCGGGGCGCGCAGGGCUGCAGUGCGCGCAGGGCGCGCAGGGCAGCAGGACAGCAGGGCGCGCAGGGCGCAGCAGGGCUGCAGGGCGCGCGGGGCGCACAGGGCUGCAGGGCGCGCGGGGCGUGCAGGGCUGCAGUGCGCGCAGGGCGCGCAGGGCAGGAGGACAGCAGGGCGCGCAGGGCGCAGCAGGGCUGCAGGGCGCGCGGGGCGCACAGGGCUGCAGGGCGCGCGGGGCGCACAGGGCAGCAGGGCAGCAGGGCGCGCGAGGCGCGCAGGGCUGCAGGGCGCGCAGGGCAGCAGGACAGCAGGGCGCAGCAGAGCUGCAGGGCGCGCGGGGCGCGCAGGGCAGCAGCAAGGGCUGUAGCGGCAGCAGCAGGGCAGCAGGGCGCACAGGGCAGCAGGGCGCACAGGGCUGCAGGGCAGCAGGACAGCAGGGCGCGUAGGGCGCGCAGGGCUGCAGAUCCCCUCCCCCCACCGCUGCACCCGCAGCAGGGGGAUGGAGGAGAAAUCCCCUCCCCCCACUGCUGCAUCCGCAGCAGGGGGAUGGCAGAUCCCUUCCCCCCCACUGCGGCACCCGCAUACCCGCCACCCCCAUACCCUCCCCUCUACUGCUGCACCCGCAGCAGAGAGAUGGAGGAGAAGGGGGGGGCGGGGGGGGGGGGGGGGGGGGCAGGUGCUGCAGGUCCCCUCCCCCCCUCUGCUGCUCCCGCAGUAGGGGGAGGUAGGAGAAAGGUCACCGGGGCCGCGGUUAGGGGCGGCAGGUCGCGAGGGGCCAUGGCUAGGGGCGACGGGGCCAUGGCUAGGGGCGACGGGGCCAUGGCUAGGGACGGGGCCGGGCGCUGGGCAGGUACGGGGCCGAACGCUGGGCAGGAACGGGGCCGGGCGCUGGGCAGGUACUGGGCCGGGCGCUGGGCAGGUACGGGGCCGGGCGCUGGGCGCGGAAUGGGGCCGGGCGACGGGCAGGUACGGGCCGGGCGACGGGCUAGGUACGGGCCGGGCGCGGGCAGGAGACGGGGCCAGGCGCUGGGCGAAGGACAGGGCCAGGCGCGGGCUUGGUACGGGCCGGGCGCGGGCUAG